AUUCAGAGGGCAGCCUAAUUUUGCACUCAGCUGAUAAAAAAUAAUCGUUCAAGUCAACUCACCAACUUGCAGCAAAAUGCCCUCAAAUCAAAUUUUGAGUAUUGUUAGAAAUUAUGCUUCUGCUGCCGCUGCAAAAUCUAUUAAACCACCUGUUCAAGUAUUUGGAUUAGAAGGUCGUUAUGCCACAGCACUUUAUUCUGCUGCAGUGAAAUUGAAACAACUAGAUGUUGUAGAAAAGGAUUUAAAAAAUAUACAGAGUACAUUGAAAAAUGAUACCAAACUUCGAACUUUUAUUGAAAAUCCAACCAUUAAGAGGAAUCUGAAGAUCGAUGCUAUCAAGGAUGUGUCAAAUAAAAUUAAGUUGAGUGCACCAUCCACAAACCUUCUUGGUCUUUUAGCUGAGAAUGGUAGGCUCAAUAGACUUGACCAAGUUUUGAAUGCUUUUUCUACAAUUAUGGCUGGCCACAGAGGUGAUCUUCGAUGUGAGGUUACGACUGCAAAGCCAUUGGAUGAGGAAACAAAAAAACAACUAGAGACUGUAUUGAAAGCAUUUGCUAAAAAGGGUGAAAAUAUUAUUUUGGAGCUGAAGGUUGAACCAGCUAUCAUUGGUGGAAUGAUCGUCAGUAUUGGUGAUAACUAUGUUGACAUGAGUGUUUCUAGCAAGAUUAAGAAGUAUACAGAUAUCAUCACAGAGGCUGUUUAAAUUGUUAUUCUUUUAGUAGUCUUCAUUUUGUUGUACUGAACUUAAUUCAGAAUUGUAAAUAUACAUUUAUAUAAAGUAAUUAUUCUUGUUUAUAAAUAAGAGCCUUCAUUAGUACAAAAAGAACCUAGUUGAAUAUAAACACAUAAUUUUAUGUUUUAAACUUUAUAAAAAUGAAAUAUCAAAUGGUAUAUUACAAGAUAAAGUGUAAGACUAAUAAAUUUACUUAACAACUUA